GGACAAGUGUGCCAAUUGCGCAGAAAGGUGCAAUAAAAGGGGAAGCCACCUGCCAAAACUGAAUCAGUUAAUGGAAAUCAGCGAGGAAGGAUGACACUCAGCAGGACCCUAAGGAUCGAAUACUUUCGUGACCAACUGGUCGUCUGGCGAACCGUUGGGGCCUUGGAUCUCAGCGAGGGAAACUUUUGGAGUUGGGCGAUGUUGCUGAACGUAAUUGUGUGCCUAACACCUUUUUUGCUCACAAUGAUGCUGUUCAGCUUUGAGGAUCCCGUAGAUAACAUCCUAAACUUGAGCAUGACCAUCACAUCCAUGUCCGCAAUCGUGAAGUUCUCGCUGUACGUGGCUAAUCUGACCAAGUUGUCCGAGAUCCAAUGGCUCAUCGGUCGGUUGGAUGAGAAGAUUUCUGGGGAAUACGAGGUGAAGCGCCACCAGGCGAUGGCCAAGCAUCUUCAGAGAAUCUCCAAAAUCUUUUUGGUCACCUAUGGCAUGCUGUUCACCAACGCAGCGUUUUCCUUUCUUCUCGAGGAGGAGCGCAGCUUGCCCUUGCCCAUGUGGAUUCCCUUCGACUGGAAGAACUCAACGGCAGGAUAUGCAGCAGCUUUGUUUCUCCAGCAGAUUGGCAUUUUCAUUCAAGUCCUACAGAGCUAUGCAGGGGACUCGUUUCCACCACUGGCACUCUACCUUCUUUCCGAGCAGUGUCAGUUGCUCAUUUUAAGGUUCUCCAAAGUGGGUUAUGGUUCCAAAACUCUGAAAGAAAACGAGGAGGAUCUGGUUAACUGCAUCAGAAACCAAAAUACACUAUACAGCUUGAUGGAAGCAAUUCACGGAUUGAUUUCCUAUCCCAUGUUUGUGCAGCUUUUUGUAAUCGGCAUUAAUGUUGCGGUGGCAUGUUUUGGCCUGGUUUUCUAUGUGGUGUCCUUUUCGGACCGAGCUUACUUUCUUUGUUUUUUAAUGGCUCUCAUAUUGCAGAGCUUUCCGCUUUGCUACUAUGGAACCGUGUUGGAGGAGAGCUUCGCUGAGCUCCAUUACGCGGUAUUCUGCAGCAACUGGGUGGACCAGAGUAUGAAAUACAAAAAACUCAUGCUGAUCAUCUCGGAGAGAACCAAAAGGAAGCAGCUCCUCCUCGCCGGCAACUUGGUUCCCAUCCACUUGAGCACCUUCGUGGCCUGUUGGAAGGGAGCCUACACCUUUUUCACUCUGAUGGCCGACAGAGAUGGUCGGAGAGCCUAGAGGAAAAGUUAUAGUAGCAUGUUUAUUUCACUCACCUAUUAGUAAAUGAAAUACUUAGUGGCAACACAAACACACACAAUAAAUGCACACAAACUGCACGG